AGAAGGGGAGUCUCUCGCUAACCGGCUCCAAACUGGACUCAGUCAGAAAGCCACAGGGGGAGGUGCUCCCCUCUCUUGCCCCACCUCCCAUUAUGACUGGUCCAGUGCAGGAAGUCCAAUCCAGCGAGCAGGGAGAGGAGGUGAUGGGUGACGGCGAGAUCAGUGUCAACGUCGGGGGUCUGAAGAGGAGGCUGAGGUACCAGACCCUGUUGAGGUUCCCUGAAACCCGCCUGGCCAGGCUGCUGAGGUGUCGCUCCCCCGAGUCCAUCCUCCAACUGUGCGAUGACUACGACGACCACGAGAAGGAGUUUUACUUUGACAGGAACCCCGCCCUCUUCCCUCACAUCCUCAACUUCUACCAGACCGGCAGGCUCCAGGCCGCGGGCAGGCUGUGCAUCUUCUCCUUCAGCCAAGAGAUCGAGUACUGGGGCAUCAGCCAAUUCUUCAUCGAGCCGGCCGGCUCCGGGGCCACUUACCCGGCCACAGGGUUGGGAGGCGACCAGGACGAGUGUGAGGAGGCGGCCAGUGACCAGGGCAGCACCACCUCCUCGUUUGACGAGGUCUUAACCUUCUACAAGGACGCCUCAAAGUACGACAGCCAGGUCCUGGGGAACUGCCGGAGACGCCUUUGGUUGAUGUCGGAGAACCCCGGAUACAACAUUGCGAGCAGGUGUUACAGUGCCCUGUCUAUAAUGAUGGUUUUAGGCUCUAUUGCCACCAUGUGUUUGAACAGCAUGGCCGAAUUCCAGCUAGUGGACAGUCAGGGUAAUAGCAGAGACGAUCCCCGCUUUGAGUUUGCUGAACACUUUUGCAUUGCCUGGUUUACCUUCGAGCUCCUGGCCAGGUUGCUGGUGUCCCCUAGUUUGCGGCACUUCUUCAGACGUCCCUUAAACUUCAUCGACCUGAUGUCCUUUUUACCUUUUUACUUGACCCUGCUGGUGAACCUGGCCAUCGACAGCAGCCCUGCCUUGGUCAACCUCGGCCGUGUGGCGCAGGUACUCAGGCUGAUGAGAAUUUUCCGCGUCCUCAAGCUGGCUCGCCACUCCACAGGCUUGAGGUCACUGGGAGCCACCUUAAAGCACAGCUACAGGGAAGUGGGGCUGCUCUUACUCUACCUCUCAGUCGGGGUCUCUGUCUUCUCUGUCGUGGCCUACACCAUCGAGAAAGAAGAAAAUUCUGGCCUGGCCACUAUUCCCUCUUGCUGGUGGUGGGCCACUGUCAGCAUGACCACGGUGGGCUACGGGGACGUGGUCCCCGUUAGCAUUGGAGGUAAAUUAACAGCCUCCGCCUGUAUCCUAGCUGGGAUCCUGGUGGUCGUGCUUCCCAUCACCCUCAUCUUCAACAAAUUCUCGCACUUCUACAGGCGCCAGAAGAACCUAGAGAACGCCAUGAGGAGCUGUGAGUUUGAUGAGCAUCUGGCUGAGUUGCCUUUGCUUAAUCUCCGUGACUACUACGCAGGCAGAAUGAAGUCCCUGAUGGCCAGCCUGAAUAACAUGAGCAGAGGCACACCCAGCGAACACAGCAUGAACUCAGUACAUUGAACACAGCCUGAUCUGUCCAGUGGAAUGUGAACGGACACAACACUCCCGAAGAUAACAAUACACAACACAACUAGCAACCACAAGUCAGACUCUACAUUUAAUACACAUCAGAACCAGUAUCCCCAGCCCAAACUAUUUCGAAAACUGCUUAUGUAAGCAGUAUAUACAGUUGACGUUGACAGUAACAAAAACUUGCAUUUAUGUGGCGUCUUUAAUUCACUGAAUUGUCUCGAGAUGCUUGACAGCAGCGUUCUCAGACAAAACUUGACAAUGAGCCACAUAAGGAGACAACUCAUGCAGAUGACCAAAAACUUAGUCAAAGAGGUAGGUUUUGAGGAUCGUCUUAAUGGAGGAAAGUGAGGCAGGGAGGUGGAGGGGCAGGAGGCACCGCCACCUGUUGGGGAACAACUAAAAUAGGGGAUGCAUAAAAGGCCUGGAUUGGGGGAAAACAGAAAUCUUGGCGAGCCAGUGAUUACAGAGUUAGGGAGCGAUGAGGCCAUGGAGGAACUUGAACUGAAGAAUGAGGACUUUAAAUAUGAAGCUUUGCUGGAACCAGCAGCCAAAAUUUCAACCUUAUUUUGUCCUUACGUUGGUGCUAACCCAUAUUGAAACCACUAAUAAGAAUUACAAGUCUGAUUAGUUUUGAAAUCCUAUUUUCAUUAUAGUGUAUUGCGAUGCAUAAAGUUAUAGGUGAUCUGACCACUUUAUGCUCUGAAGAUCACUCCCCAGACAUAAAUGGAGUACUAAUUAAAACUUAAUUUUUUAGUAAGUCUGACGUAACUCAUGUACACUGAAAUGCUCUUGGCUACCAGGUAGAACUGUCCAGAUUACUGAAUAUGUCCAAAUAGUAGCCCCUGAUCUUCUUUGAAACAGUGGCAUGGCAUCUUUUAUUCCCACUUGAGAAAGCUGACAGGACCUCAGUUUAAUGCCCCAUCCAAAAGACAGCAGUAUUAAGCCAGAGCAUCAGCCAAGGUUAUUGUGCUCAAGUCUCUGGAUUGGGACUUGAACCCGCAAUCUCUGACGCAAAGGGCCGAAUGGCCUUCUUCAAUGCUGUAACCAUUCUAUGAUCUUAUGAUUCUAAAGGCAAAAGUGCUGCUACCCACUGGGCUAUAGCUGGUACUUUGGAAAGGGAAUAUCACUCCCCACUGUAAGCUAAUCACUCCCAUUCUAGAUUGUCUAGCAGACUCAAUGUGUUCUGCUGUAAGUGCCCUGUAAAAAUGUCUUAACUGCAGAAAUUCAUAAAGGACUAUGAUGUAAUAUAUAGAGAGAAUAACCUCUACUCAUCUACCAUAAGAAAGUCAAAAUCAGUCUCACUCUGUCAAACAGAGGAUGGGUUUAGUAUUACUCACUAAAGACUAUACAUUCUGAACCAAUAUCUGUUGCUGUUUUUGUUGUGCAGUUUGAUAUAUUAGUGACUGGAAAAUUGUGCAUGUCAAACUCUGACCUUUAAAUUGCAUGAACUGCCUGGAAGGUGUGUUACUGCGAGUACCAUAAAUCCUUGCUGCUAAUAUCAUAUCCAAACUAUAGACUAUGAAUCUUUUGACUAUAACUUUUCACCACACAUUACAGACA